AUAAAGGAGAGAGAUCAACAAUCAAGUUUUUGUAUUUAUAUUCCUACUUGUUGAAAUAUAUCGUUUACAGUAUUUUAUUAAUAUUCUAUAUACAUUUAUACCUCUGCAAGAAACAUGUCCAAUAAAUUUGAGGCUUCUUACAGAUCAAAAACCAAUGAAGACAGUGGAGACGAAGAAACCCAAUCAAAGGACAGUCAUAAAGUUGAAAAAGAUCUAUUACCUCCUAUAGAAAUAAGUCCUCACGAGCACAAAUUGCAAUAUGCAUACGCGUUAUGGUAUAGUAGACGCAGUCCUGGUAAACAAACCAGCAUACAGAGUUACGACCAGAAUUUAAAAUUGGUUGGUAGGUUCGCAAGUGUGGAACAAUUUUGGGGUCUAUACAGUCACUUAGUCAGACCAUCAGAAUUAACAACACACACAGACUUUCACUUAUUUAAAGUGGGUAUAAAACCUAUGUGGGAGGAUGAGGCAAACCAAAGAGGUGGUAAAUGGAUAGUAAGAUUAAGAAAAGGCUUGGUGUCAAGAUGUUGGGAAAAUCUUAUUUUAGCUAUGUUAGGAGAGCAAUUUAUGGUAGGAGAGGAAAUAUGUGGUGCUGUUGUGUCCAUAAGGUUUCAAGAAGAUAUAAUUUGUGUUUGGAACAAAACAGCAUCGGAUGUUGCAACGACAGCAAGAAUUAGAGAUACACUUAGGAGAGUAUUACAUCUUCCAGCCAGUGCCUCUAUGGAAUAUAAGACUCACAAUGAAAGUUUAAAAAAUGUUCAUAGGCUUUAGAGCUAUGAAGAUCUGACUGCGAUACACAUUUCAACCACUUUGUGGAGAUUGUGAAGAUACUUGUGACGUGGUGGCAAUUCUGACGUUCAGAAUAUUUUGCAAAUAAUGAAUUGGGCUAAACAACUGUUCGGUGAACCACUUUAUUCACAAGUGUCAUCAUUGUAACUUAUGUAAAUAAUAAAUACACAUUGCUAAUGGU